AUGAUGACUGAAGAGGGGGAAGCGUCUGGGGAGGGGGAGGAGUUAGGUGACGAGGAAGAAGGAGGUGCAGGCAAGGAGCUAGACGAGGAAGAAGGAGAAGGAGGCAAGGAGCUAGGAGACAAGGAAAAAGGAGGUGGGGGCAAGGAGCUAGGAGACGAGGAAAAAGGAGGUGAAGGCAAGGAGCUAGGAGACGAGGAAGAAGGAGGUGGAGACAAGGAGCUAGGAGACAAGGAAAAAGGAGGCGGGGGCAAGGAGCUAGGAGAUGAGGAAAAAGGAGGUGAAGGCAAGGAGCUAGACGAGGAAGAAGGAGAAGGAGGCAAGGAGCUAGGAGACGAGGAAGAAGGAGGUGGAGACAAGGAGCUAGGAGACGACCAGAAGGAGGAGAGUUUGAAGAGGAAAUGCAGAUCUCUGUCAAAGUCGCUCACAUCAUCAAGACCUCAGACUGUGUUCUGA